CCUCCCCGGCCCCCGGGGAGGUUGUAGCGGGGCGGGAUCCGCGCUGCAGCUCUGAGUGGGGGGGCUCAAUACCCGCUGUGGCGGGCAGGGCCCAGCGGGCCAGCAUCGUCCCCUGUGAGGCGAGCGGUGCGCCGGUGCUUCCCUUCACAACCGCAGAACCUUUGCUCUUGAAGAUGGUGAGUAGCCAGCCUAAGUACGAUCUAAUUCGGGAGGUUGGUCGUGGCAGUUAUGGUGUGGUGUACGAAGCGGUCGUCAGGAGGACCUGUGCCCGCGUGGCCGUGAAAAAGAUCCGGUGCCACGCUCCCGAGAACGUGGAACUGGCUCUGCGCGAGUUCUGGGCCCUUAGCAGUAUCAAGAGCCAGCACCCCAACGUCAUUCACCUGGAGGAGUGCAUCUUGCAGAAAGAUGGCAUGGUGCAGAAGAUGUCCCAUGGCUCCAGCUCCUCCCUGUAUUUACAGCUUGUAGAAACCUCAUUAAAAGGAGAAAUAGCCUUUGACCCCAAAAGUGCUUAUUACCUGUGGUUUGUGAUGGAUUUCUGUGACGGAGGAGACAUGAACGAGUACCUGCUGUCCCGCAAGCCCAACCGCAGGACCAACACCAGCUUCAUGCUGCAGCUCAGCAGCGCCCUGGCCUUCCUGCACAAAAACCAGAUCAUCCAUCGGGACCUCAAACCCGACAACAUCCUCAUCUCCCAGGGCAGGGCGGACGCCAGCGACCCCGAGCCCACCCUCAAAGUGGCGGAUUUUGGGCUCAGCAAGGUGUGCUCGGCCUCGGGGCAGAACCCCGAGGAGCCGGUCAACGUCAACAAGUGUUUCCUGUCCACCGCCUGCGGCACCGACUUCUACAUGGCCCCCGAGGUGUGGGAGGGCCACUACACGGCCAAGGCUGACAUCUUCGCCCUGGGCAUCAUCAUCUGGGCCAUGCUGGAGAGGAUCACCUUCAUCGACACCGAGACCAAGAAGGAGCUGCUGGGCAGUUACGUGAAGCAGGGCACGGCCAUCGUGCCCGUGGGCGAGGCGCUGCUGGAGAACCCCAAGAUGGAGCUGCUCAUCCCCGUGAAGAAGAAGUCCAUGAACGCUCGCAUGAAGCAGCUGAUCAAGGAGAUGCUGGCGGCCAACCCGCAGGACCGGCCGGACGCCUUCGAGCUGGAGCUCAGACUGGUCAACAUCGCCUUCAAGGACAGCAGCUGGGACACGUGAGGGGCUCGGUGACAGCUGCAGGCAGAGCCCGAGCUCACCUGCAGGGGGGACUUUUCACCCAACUGGAGAUUCCCCACAGGAAUGCUGAGCUGGCCACCGUGUGAAAUCCCAGAGUGAGACCUGAGGCUGUUCCUUGGUGUGCGCUGGCAGGGGGAUGUUGAGAGAGCCAACACUACUUGAUUUCCAGCACUCUGUCACGGAGUGCCUCACACAUUCCAGUUUCCUAUGUCAGUAUUAGGAACUCUCAUGGAAAAAAAAAAAAAAAAAAAAAGAUUUGCAUGCUGGCAGUGCAAAUCUUGAGGCUUUGUAAUGUAAUCUGUGUAUAUAUUUAUGUAUAUGAGUGACUGGGAGUGUGUGGCACUUAAAUUAUUUGCUGUGGGUCUGGAUGAUUGGGGUCUGCUAGAAAUCUGGGUGAAGAAGGUGAGUGAGAAAAGCUCCUUCUUCCCCAGGCCUGAAUGACUUUAUUAUUUAUUUUUGUUAUCUAAUUUCAAAGACUUGACUUUGUAAACAGAACAAAACAAAAAAAGCAAUGCAAGGGGAUCAGCUGCUUUCAAAGUGCUAAUGUGGCUGAUCUUAGCACUUAGAGCUUAAUGAGCUCAUCACUGAGGGAGUCAAAUUAAAAAUGUACAGUCAGGUGCUGGCAGGGGGCCUGGAUCAUUGAUCAUUUGAUUUUGCUUUUUUUUUUAAUCAAUUAAUCUGCCUUUUCUCAACAUGCUCUCUGCCCUGGUGUCCAUAAUCCCAUAGCACCUUGAGGAGUUAUCCCAGCAGAAUUCCUUGCCCUCACUUUAUGGAAACACAGAUGAGGGAAUCCAGCAGCAUAUUCUUGAAAUCCUUCAAAAUGUGGUGGCAGCACAGUUUUCCCACUGAGUGGAUCCAGCUAAUAAUCCCAAUAGUCACUGGGCCUUUCCUCCCUGGCACUGCCCCAAAUGCAGUGGGGACGAGGGGACAGAGGUGGCCCUGUCACACCUGGUGUCAGAGCUGGGAGAAAGCUCAGUGACAGCUCUGUCAAAGGUGGCAGCCUGGCUUGAUUUUCUUUAAUUUCUCCUCCUUUUAAAGAAGUGAUGCUUAUUUAAAAGCACAGAUGGGAGGAAGGGGGGGUUUGGAGCAGCUGGAAGCUGCUUAUCCCCAGCUCUGGCUGCAGAUUGAGGUUGGGAGAGGUUUCACUGAGGCCACCUGAACACUGCAGGGCUGACAGCAGCUCUUUGGAGCAGCACAACAUUUUGUUCUGGGUGCAGGACCGACCUUUUCCAUUCAGUUUGACCUUUUGGGAAAAAAGCAGAGUCUUGAAAUUGCCUUUAAAGCUACAGAAAAGGCCAGUUUUCUUUAAAAAAAUUCAAUUUAAUUAUUUCCCCCACCCAAAUCUUGCCUGAGAAUGGCUUUAAGUAUUUCCUUGUAUAAUUUGCUUUGUGAAUACUGUUCCCUCUUAGUGCUGGGACAGCAGUUCUGGGCACUCAGUGUUUAAUUCUUUGAGUGCAAAUAAACAAAACACGAUUUUUGUUUUUCCAAAAGCAAAGGAUUCUGAUUCCACUCAACUUCUGAGGCUUUACAGGUGGUUCUUACCUGGUGCUGUGUGAGCUGGUGGCUGUCUCUUUUAAUUCUUGUUACUUUUCUUUAACUUCAUUGUUUUAGGGAGUGAUCCUCAGACAAACACACUUCGCUGGUGCCAACUCUGCCUCCCAGUUCUCCCAUCUCAGCAGGGUGAGAAAAACUUGAAAAAAAGGGGUUUACAAUUCACAUUAAACUCGGGAGCUUUUUAAAAAUGAGGGGGGUGAGCGUUCCCCUCUCUCACCCACCCCAAAAUCACAAGCAGAGCAGCGCUGCUCCCCUCCGAGGUGCUCUGGGAACCCCCCGAGUCCCUCUGCAGGGUUCCACUGAGGGACUGGCACAGGGAAGUUUUGGGGUUUUUUUUUGACUCCCAAAGUGUUUCUUUGCACUGAUUGCCACUUUAUAGGUUGGGGGUACCUGAAAUCCCUCUCAUGGUGCUUAUCCUCGCUGUUGGGUGACACUGCUAGUCCUCGAGCUCUGUGUUCUCUUUGAUUUUUUUUUGUUGUUGUUGUUGUCUGAGGUCUUUGUUUUGAGAAAACAAAUCAAGUUGUUGUAGCAGCUGCGGGGUCGUUCACCAGCGUGACACGAAGUCAAGACACUUCUCAGCACUUGGGAAAGAUUUUUUUUUUUUCCUUUUUUCCAUGUUUUUCUUUAAAAACUGUAAAAUAUAUUUUAUGGAGAAUUUAUAAUGAGGAAAAUUAUUGUGUAAUUUAUUAAGUUCAUGACUGUUUUUGAAAUAAAAUCUUGAAUUUCCA